AUGACCGCGUUUGGACGACUCUGCAGUGAGCACCCCCGCUCCCUCGCGGCGACGCUGACCGUUGUGGGCGGCUACCUCGCCUUUAAGGGGGCCGCGCUGAUGCUUUCCCACCGCCUGCGGGCCCGCAUGUUAGUGAACCUCAACAAACUUGAAAAGGACAUGGUGCACCUUUUUCUGCACCACCGCUGGUCGCACGGGCCCAACCUCUUCCCGCAGUGUGUGAAGCUGGAGACGUUCCUGCGCCUCGCCAAGAUCCCCUACACCGCGCACUUCACCUCCGACGCCUCCCUCUCUCCGACGGGCCGGCUGCCGUUCAUCGUCUACAACGGCACCGUCAUCGGCGACGCGGAGCUCUGCAUUAAGUUCCUGAAUGAGACAUUCAAGGUGGGCAUGAACGACGGGCUCACGCCUGAGGACCACGCCAUUGGCCACAUCACGCGGCGCAUGGUGGAAACCUCACUCAACUACGGCCUGCACCGCAGCAUUCUGGUGGACCGACCCGAACUCAUGCAGCAGAUGUUUGUGAAGGAGUACCUAGUGCAUCCCAGGCCGGCGCGGCGGCUCGUGAACAGCAUGCGACGACAGGUUAUCAAGGCGCUAACUGCCGUGGGCUACAACACACUUUCAAAGGAGCAAUACCCGCAGGAGUUUCUGCACGAAGUUCAAAGCCUUGAAACCCUGCUUAGCGAGAAGCCGUUUCUGCUAGGCGACAAACCCACCAGCUACGACUGCACAGUGUAUGGCUGGAUGCAUGUGGCGCGGGAGAUGGGACCACAUGGCCCGGCAAUAAGGUACCUCAGGAAGAGCAAGGUCCUCAAUGACUACCUCCUGCGCAUGAAGAAGCUGGCGUUUCCUGACAUCCAUGAGCUCGGCACUUCCGCCGAGUCGCAAAAAUUUGUUCCCUACGAGCAGACUCCAUGA